AUGGUCAUUACUCGGACCAUGCGGACACCUCUAGAGGUGACCACCAAUCACUUGAGUGACACAGUUCAUCCGGAGGGGUGGAUUCCUCCUUACAUCCCUACACAUUUGUUUCAUGAUAAUGUUAAUGCUAAUGCCUAUGAUGAAUAUGAGAAUGUGCAGCCUAGGCAUAGGAGAGGCCACAAUGGAGUUCGUGGGAAUGCAUAUAAUAAUCACGGUGACCGCGGCUAUGAGGAGAGACGCCAAGUUCAACCCAAUCAUAACUCUAGACGUAAUAUCAAGGUAAAGAUUGAAAACUUUAUUGCUGAAUAUGAUGCGGCUAUCUUUUUGGAUUGGUUGCAGGCAACGGAACAUGCACUUCAGCAUUGCCACUAUUCCAAAGAGGAAACGGUGGAGAUUGCCACUUUGCAGUUCCAAGGAGCCGCAAGAUCGUGGUGGCAUAGAGAUGUAGCCAAUAGAGCUCGUAUGGGAUGUGAGCCUAUUCGACAAUGGCACCAACUUAUCUUUAUCAUGACUCAAAAGUAUUUCCCUCCGGUAUAUAAAAAUGAGAUGAGAUUGAAGAUAGCAUUAGCUCGACAAGGAACUCAAACACCUCUUGAGUUCUUUGCACAACUAAAAGACCUGUAUUUCAAGGCAGUCAUGAGUGUCACUCCGGCCACCAUUCGGACCAAAUUUCUCCAUGGUCUUCAUGUUGAUUUGAGGGAAGAAAUCGAUGUGCUGCCCAUCAAGGACAUAACUGCAGACUCGCAUAUGCCGGUCAAAAGUUGUCCAAAUCCUAGGAAGGUAUUCUUUUGUCAAGCUACAGUGUAUGAAUCAUUUGAUGAUGAAGAGGAUAAUGGCGAGGAUCCGAGAACUGUUUAUGAUGACCUUGCUGAUGAGGAACCUUAUGCUUGUGGUCCCCCGAACUUGAAUGAAGGAACGCCUCUUUCCCUUGUAGCUCGUCUUGCUUUGAUAGUGAAAGAUGCUUCUGUAGGGGACCAACGAGAGAUUUUAUUUCACACAAGGUGCCUUCUGGUAACUUCAUCUUUGAGUGUGAUAAUAAAUAGUGGUUCUUGCUGCAACAUCUUAAAUGAGAGAGUGGUGAGGGUGUUGAACUUACCUAUGUCGCCACAUCCUCAACCGUAUAGCCUCCAAUGGAAUUCGGAAGGUAAAGGUGAUGUGGUAACAAGGAAAUGCCACAUCACAUUCUCUAUUGGUACAUAUGUUGAUACAGUUACUUGUGAUGUUGUGAUUAUGGAUGCUACUCACCUCCUUCUAGGUCGCCCUUGGCAAUAUGACAAGAAGACCGUGCCUGAUAGGUUCUUUAACACGCACACCUUCCAAUAG